GAGAAAACGAGUCACACACAACUCACAAAAACCGAGUCAUAUUUUUUUCACACGAACAACACGUGUUUGGUUAAAAAAAAAACACUGUAAAUUUCACUUUCUCUGUAAAAUAAAUAAAUAAAACUCCAAAAUUUCAAUCAGCCAUCUCCACCAUAUAUCUCCUCCUCUAAAUAUGUUUUGACGGUGUCGGUGAUCUCCUCCUCCGCUCAGAUUUUUUAGCCUUCGAUUUUUUUUUUGUUUCCUUUUGUUCUUUAAAGAUCCGUUUCACUGUUUUUCGGAUCUAUUUUUUGCACCGAAUCCGAUUCAGAUCGGAUAAAAAAAUGGCAGCAUCGAGACGAUUACGUGAUCUCCAAUCGCAGCCGGGUAACAAGACUUGCGUCGAUUGCAAUCAAAAGAAUCCUCAAUGGGCAUCGGUUUCGUAUGGGAUCUUCAUGUGUCUGGAGUGUUCCGGUAAACACCGUGGUUUAGGUGUUCACAUCUCGUUCGUCCGAUCUGUUACUAUGGAUUCGUGGUCUGAGAUCCAGAUCAAGAAAAUGGAAUCGGGUGGCAACGAACGGCUUAACGCCUUUUUGGCUCAGUAUGGGAUCCCUAAAGAAACGGAUAUUGUUGCUAAGUAUAAUACUAAUGCCGCGAGUGUUUAUCGAGAUCGGAUUCAAGCUUUAGCUGAAAGUCGUCCGUGGCGGGAUCCACCGGUUGUGAAAGAGAAUCUCAACGGAGGUGGUAGUGGUGGUAUUAGGAAGCCGCCGUUGAGUAGUGGCGGUGGUAGUGCUAGGGGAAGUAAUUUUGCAGGGGAUAAUGGAGGGUGGGAUAGUUGGGAUAAUGAUGAUUCGUUUAGGUCUAGUAGUGAUAUUAAGAGGAACCAAUCGGCGAGUGAUUUUAGAGGAGGGAGUUAUCAUAAUGGUGGUAGAACGGGAGGUGCUCCGGUGAGGUCGAAGUCCACGGAGGAUAUGUACACGAGAUCUCAAUUGGAAGCCUCGGCGGCCAAUAAGGAGAGCUUUUUUGCGAGGAAAAUGGCGGAGAACGAAUCCAGGCCUGAAGGUUUACCACCUUCUCAAGGAGGGAAAUAUGUUGGGUUUGGAUCGACUCCCAUGCCUACCCAAAGGAUUAAUAAUAAUUCUCAGGGUGACGUGUUCUCUGUUGUUUCUCAGGGGAUUGGGAGGUUAUCUCUGGUAGCUGCAUCCGCUGCAAAUGUUGUCCAAGCAGGGACGAAGGAGUUCACCUCCAAGGUUAAGGAGGGUGGCUAUGAUGCCAGGGUUAAUGAAACGGUUGGUGUUGUCACUGCAAAGACAAGUGAAAUUGGCCAGAAGACUUGGGGCAUCAUGAAAGGAGUCAUGGCAAUAGCUUCACAGAAGGUUGAGGAAUACACUAAAGAUGGCAUGAACUGGAAAAAUGAUGGUAACUGGCAACGAAAUGAUAGCGAGAAGAAUGGAUAUUAUCAGGAGUUUAAACAGGAGAAUAAGGGAUGGAAUUCUACUUCUGGUGGACAAACCUCCUCUGGCGUAAAUUAUAAUUCUUAUAACUCAAAUUCUUGGGAUGAUUGGGACACAAAAGACAAUAGGAAGGAACAUACUACAAAAGUGACUGCUUCUCAUAGCAAUGAUGGUUGGGCUGGUUGGGAUGACCCCAAGGAUGAUGGAUAUGAUAGUUUCUAUAAUGGUGCUUCUGAUAAAAAUGCCGUUGGUCGCAAUGGAAAAUCAGAUGCCGCAUGGACUGGUGGAGGCUUUCUUUAAGGUUGGUGAACUUGAACUACAUUUAUCAGAAUCGUACCCACAAAAGGUAAUUUAGAAUGAUAUUAAAUUUCAUGAAGUUCAUAUACCUUUUAGCAAUUCACCCCUUUUUUUUUAUGUAUCUAUCUUUGAAAUUUUUACAAAGUAAUAUAUCUGGAGCAACUUUCAUGUUUGAGAGUAGUUUUAUCAUAUUUGUAAAACUGUGGACAGAAAGGGCUAAUUGUCCAAUUGGAAAGCCAACUGGUUGUGACUUGUGAGUGUGAGAAAACAUUAUUUGUGACAUGAAACUUAGUAUCAUUUGUUCUUAAUCAUUAUUUUUUA